CAAAUCCUCAAGAUUUUUAUUUGCUCAUAAUCUCAACAAACAGUCAUCCUGGUUGUGAAAGAAAUUUUUUGUCUACGCUUAGUUUAGGAAAAAAAAGAAGCUUUUACACCCCAUGGGGUUUCCUUGUAUUGUUAUGAGGCUGAUUCUUGUAUCUGCUUUACUUGUCUCUGUGUCACUUGAACAUUCAGAUAUGGUCUGUGCACAAACAAUCAGAUUGACGGAGGAGACUGAUAAACAAGCAUUGCUUGAGUUCAAGUCUCAAGUUUCUGAAACAAGUAGAGUUGUGUUGGGCUCGUGGAAUGACUCCCUGCCUCUCUGUAGCUGGACCGGAGUUAAGUGUGGCCUCAAACACAGAAGAGUAACUGGUGUGGAUCUUGGAGGACUGAAACUAACUGGUGUAGUCUCUCCCUUUGUCGGUAACCUCUCAUUUCUUAGAUCAUUAAAUCUUGCAGACAACUUUUUCCGCGGUGCCAUCCCUUUAGAGGUUGGAAACUUGUUCUGGCUUCAAUAUUUGAACAUGAGCAAUAAUUUUCUUGGAGGGAUGAUCCCGGUUGUUCUGUCGAACUGCUCUAGCCUUUCAACACUUGAUUUAUCAUCAAAUCAUCUUGAACAAGGCGUGCCUUUUGAGUUCGGUUCGCUGUCUAAGCUUGUCAUUCUAUCUCUUGGUAGAAACAAUCUAACAGGGAAGUUUCCUGCCUCAUUGGGAAACCUGACAUCACUCCAGAUGCUCGAUUUUAUAUAUAACCAAAUAGAAGGAGAGAUCCCUGGCGUUUACAACCUGUCCUCACUAAUUUUCCUGUCCAUUACCGGCAACAGUUUCUCUGGCACCCUUAGACCUGACUUUGGUUCUAUUCUCCCUAACCUUCAAAUACUAUAUAUGGGGAUAAAUAAUUUCACGGUUUCGGGAAACUACUCUUCUGCUGAUCUUGAUUUUCUCGGUAUACUGACUAACCGCAGUCAGUUGCAGUACUUAAAUUUUGGCUUCAACAAACUCAGCAGUCAGUUGCUUGUCUUUAUAGCCAAUCUCUCCACCCAAUUAACUGAGCUCUCCCUUGGUGGAAAUCUCAUCUAUGGAAGUAUUCCUCAUGGCAUAGGGAAUCUCGUAAGCCUGCAAACAUUAGACUUGGGCGAAAAUCUGUUGACAGACAUACUUCCUCCCUCAUUGGGAGAACUUUCUGAAUUGAGAAAAGUCUUGCUCUAUUCAAAUGAACUGUAUGGAGAGAUAGCAUCUUCCUUGGGGAAUAUCAGUGGGCUAACAUACCUGUAUCUGCUUAACAAGAGUUUUGAAGGAAGCAUCCUUCAAGUCUUGGAAGUUGGUAAAGUUGGUGUUGUCAAUCUUAUCCGACUAGGCGACUCCAGGGAACUGAAAGAUGAUGAAACUGAUAAGCAAGCUUUGUUGGAGUUCAAGUCUCAGGUUUCUGUUGACAAAGGAGUUGUCUUGUCCUCAUGGAAUAACUCAUUCCCUGUCUGCAACUGGAAUGGAGUUAAAUGUGGCCGCAAACACAAGAGAGUUACUAGUUUGGACCUCGGAGGAUUGCAAUUGGGAGGAGUGAUAUCACCAUCUAUUGGUAAUCUUUCGUUUCUCAUAUCACUCAAUCUCUCUGAUAACUCUUUUGGUGGAACCAUCCCUCAAGAGGUUGGAAACUUGUUCAGACUUGAACACUUGUAUAUGAGAUCAAAUGUUCUCGGAGGAGGUAUUCCUAUCAGUCUGUCUAACUGCUCUAGAUUGUUGGACCUUCUUCUAGACUCAAAUCAUCUUGGAGAAGGUGUUCCUCCAGAACUAGGGUCAUUGACCAAGCUAGCAAAUUUAGAUCUUGGUCAAAACAAUCUUAAAGGAAAAUUCCCUGCAUCUUUAGGAAACUUAACAUCCCUUAGACGUUUUAGCUUGUUAAGUAACAAUAUGGAAGGAGAAAUUCCAGAUGAUAUAGGUACUCUAAGGCCUGAUUUUGGUAAUAUGCUACCAAACCUUCGAGAUUUAUCUAUGGGAGGUAAUAAUCUCACAGGAGCCAUUCCAGCAACACUUCCCAAUAUCUCAUCUCUUGAAAAGUUGGGAAUCGAGUAUAACAGUAUGACAGGAAGUAUUUCUCCGAGCUUUGGGAAAGUACGAAAUUUGCGAAUCCUAGUACUACAUCGUAAUUCUUUGGGAAGUGGCUCUUCUGGAGAUCUUAAAUUUCUUGGUGCUUUGACUAAUUGCACCCAACUACUAAGAUUACAUGUUAGUGAUAAUAAGCUUGGAGGUGGCUUGCCUGCCUCUAUUGCCAAUUUGUCAACAAACCUCAUCUCUUUAGGCCUUUCCACAAAUUUCAUCUAUGGAAGCAUUCCUAAUGACAUUGGGAAUCUCAUAAGCCUACAAAGACUUGGGUUACAAGAAAAUCAGCUAACGGGUCCACUCCCAACCUCUAUUGAUAGGCUUUUACAAUUAGAGGGAUUAAAUCUACAUUCAAAUAGUAUGUCUGGCGAGAUACCAUCUACUAUAGGCAACAUCACUCGAUUAGACUUACUAUACUUGUUCAACAAUAGCUUCGAAGGAAUUGUUCCGUCUAGUCUAGGAAAGUGCAAAAAUCUGCGAGAGUUAUGGAUUGGGUCUAAUAAGUUGAAUGGGACCAUACCUCGAGAAAUUAUGCAAAUUCGUCCCCUUGUCUACCUAGGCUUGUCAGGUAAUUCCUUGACGGGCUCUCUACCUGAAGAUAUUGGACGACUACAAAAUCUUGGUCAAUUAUCCCUUUCGGGUAACAAAUUAUCAGGACAACUCCCUCAAACCUUGGGAAACUGUCUCUCCUUGGAACAACUUUAUCUACAAGGAAAUUCUUUUGAUGGAGAUAUUCCAGAUAUAAGUGGGUUGGUGGGUAUUAAAAGAGUUGAUUUGUCAAAAAAUAAUCUCUCUGGAAGUAUACCUGGAUAUCUUGCAAACUUUUCCGAGUUAGAGAAUCUCAAUCUAUCCAUUAACAAUUUCGAAGGAAGGGUGCCAACAGAAGGAAUCUUUAAGAAUGCUACUAUAGUUUUGGUAUUUGGAAACAAAAAUCUUUGUGGAGGCAUCAAGGAAUUGAAACUAAAGUCAUGCAUCGUGCAAACACCACCAAUGGAGACAAAGCAUUCCUCUCAUUUGAAGAAAGUUGCAAUUGGAGAGUCCUUCUUUAACCAACUAAGCUCAGCUGGCGUUAGAGGAACCAUCGGCUAUGCUGCACCAGAAUAUGGAAUGGGAGGAGAACCAUCAAUACACGGUGAUGUGUAUAGCUUUGGGGUUCUCCUUUUGGAAAUGUUCAGUGGAAAAAGACCAACCAAUGAAUUAUUUGAGGGGAGCUUUACCCUACACAGCUACACAAAGUCGGCCUUGCCAGAAAGAGUUUUGGACAUUGCAGACAAAUCGAUUCUUCAUAAUGGUCUCAGAGUUGGUUUCCCUGUCGUUGAGUGCUUGAAAGUGAUUUUGGAUGUGGGACUUAGGUGUUGUGAAGAAUCUCCGACGAACCGUUUGGCAACCAGUGAAGCCGCAAAGGAGCUAAUCUCAAUCAGAGAGAGGUUCUUUAAAACCAGAAGAACAACCAGACGUUGAAGUGUUAAUGCUUUUCUCUACAAACUUUGAAAUCCACUUAAAAGGCUUAUACCGAAGCCUAUAUAAUAUUUUGUAUCAUAAUUAGUGGUUUCUCACUAUUAAACAUACUUUGAAGGCUUGUAAUAAUGAAUUCUUGUGUUUUUA